AUGCAAACAGCAGAAGGGUAUGCUUCGGAUAAUGGCCCCCCUAAAGGAUCCAGGCUAGCCAAGUAUAUGGGUGCAAAUCGAGGCACUGGAUCAAGCUUACCACAGCUUAAUGCUAACGUACCUAGUUUUGUUCCUCAAUUCGCGAAGCUGGGCCUUAGCGACCCCAACUCAGGUGGAAUGGGAGGACCAAGUCCGUUUAACACGAGGCCGUUUGUUCCCAGCUCCAGUAGUAAUAACGUUGAUCAUAUGGCUCAACAGUCAUACCCUCAUUUACAAGAUGUCCAAGGAGGAACAACUUAUUACUUUCCAAAUGGAGAUUCUGACCAAAUGAAUGAGCCUGACAGUUUCACUACAGUGCAAACAAGUGGAUCGUUCACCUAUCACGGUCCUCUUCCUCAUAUUGGGAAGUUCCGUCCUAAAGGAGCUGUGGGGAACAAUGUUGCUCAAUUCAUAUCUCCUGACUUAAAACUAGAGUUGGUGAAUAGACAAUUAGCUAUGGAUGCAAGAGCUGACAUGACGGCAUACCCUGAGCUUCCCCAGCAAGUCGAGCAUUUGAAUAACAUAACCCCAUUGGAAACCAUUCAGCCUCACGCUACCAAUACCGUUUACAAAGCUUUAUCCAUACGAGACGGCGUACCUUAUUGCAUACGUAGAAUACAUAACUUUCGUUUACAAUCUCCGAAACAACUGCAACCUCUCGAGAAUUGGAAGAAGCUUGUUAAUGUGAAUAUCGUACAACUACGAGAAGUUAUACCCAAUGCUAAAGCUUUCGGAGAUAACUCUUUACUUCUGGUUUACGACUACUUCCCACUUGCUGAUACGUUGAGAACUAGACAUUUCGGUAGACAAGGAGGCUUCAUCGAUGGAUUAAGUGGUGCCAAGCUUGCUAGUCCCCAUUCUGGGUGUAUCGGAGCCGGAGUUAUUGAAGGCCAAUUAUGGUCAUAUGUUAUACAAAUUUCAUCAGCUCUGCGUGCUGUGCAUGCUAGCGGUUUAGCUGCUCGUUGUUUAGACCUUUCCAAGAUUUUAGUGCAUGGAAAAAGCAAAAUUUUACUGGGUAAUUGUGGGUUUGCCGAUCUUGUGAGCAAUGAGCAUCAUCCAAUUCAACAGCAACAGCUCGAAGAUCUUCAUGAUUUCGGUCGUGUUUUGUUAUCCUUGGCGACUGGUAAUGUUUAUGCUACUCGAAGAGAUCAAGUGACCCAAAGCAUGGUUUAUAUUGCAACUCAUUACAGCGCGGAUAUGAAGAACUUGAUAAAUUUCUUGCUUUCUCCGACGCCAGGUCGCAAAUCCAUCAAUGAAAUAAUGCCUAUGAUUGGAGCUCGUUUUUAUGGUCAACUCGAAGGAGCGCAGUUACGAAACGAUGUUUUGGAGAACGAAUUGAGCAAGGAACUCGAGAAUGGCAGGCUGUUUCGAUUGCUUUGUAAACUGAAUACAAUCGUUGAGAGACCUGAGCAUAACUUGGAUAUCCAAUGGGCAGAAACAGGAGAUCGAUUUUUACUGAAACUUUUCAGAGAUUAUGUCUUUCAUCAGGUCAUGGAAAAUGGGAAACCGUGGCUUGAUAUGGCUCACAUCGUACAUUGUUUGAAUAAGUUGGAUGCUGGUGUUCCCGAAAAGAUUGAGCUCGUAUCCAGAGAUGGCGAUAAUUUGAUUAUUGUUUCGUAUGGUGAUUUAAAAAGGUGCAUUGAAACAGCGUUCCGUGAUCUCACUAAUAGUACUAUAGUACCAAGGCAUUAG